AUGAGAUCUUCCAAGAUGAUGAGUUCUAAUCCUGAGGAAGACCCUUUGGACACAUUUCUCCAGUAUAUUGAGGAUAUGGGGAUGAAGGCCUACGAUGGCUUGGUUAUUCAGAAUGCAUCGGACAUUGCUCGAGAGAAUGAUCGCUUGAGGAAUGAAACAAACAUGGCCUACUUGAAGGAAAAGAAUGAAAAAAGACGAAGACAAGAGGAAGCAAUAAAACGCAUAGGUGGAGAAGGAGGGCGAGGCCACGAAGGAAGUUACGCGGGCAAGCAUUUCCGCAUGGGAUUCAUGACCAUGCCUGCUCCUCAGGACCGACUUCCCCAUCCUUGCUCCAGUGGCUUCUCCGUGAGGUCACAGUCCCUGCACUCGGUGGGGGGCACAGAUGAGGACCGCAGCUGUGGCUCCCGAAGACAACCACCCCCCAAGCCCAAGCGAGACCCGAGCACCAAGCUGAGCACCUCAUCGGAGACAGUCAACAGCGCAGCAACCAGCAAGAGCGGGAAAGCCCUGGAGCGCUCAGAAGUUUCAGCCAAACCGAGACCCAACAGUGAUGAGUAUUCAAAGAAGAUUCCUCCUCCAAAGCCGAAGCGGAACCCGAAUACUCAGCUCAGCACAUCUUUUGACGAAGCCUACCUGAAAAAGCACGCGCCCAGGAGGACCUCGCUCACGCGGGACGCCUCCCUCUCCCAGAUGGGCAGCCCAGCAGGGGACCCCGAGGAUGAGGAGCCCGUGUACAUCGAGAUGGUGGGGAACAUCCUGCGGGACUUCAGGAAAGAGGACGACGACCAGAGCGAGGCUGUCUACGAGGAGAUGAAAUACCCCAUUUUUGACGACUUGGGCCCGGACUCCAAGUGCGACCUGGACCACCACGGCUGCUCUUCGCAGUGUGCUACUCCCACGGUGCCUGACUCGGACUUCGCCAGGUCCUCAGUGCCAUGCACGCCCAAGGGUUUGCUUUGUGACAUCCCCCCGCCCUUCCCCAACCUGCUUUCCCACCGGCCCCCUCUGCUGGUGUUCCCGCCCGCCCCGGUGCAGUGCUCCCCCAAUUCCGACGAGUCUCCGCUCACCCCGCUGGAGGUCACCAAGCUCCCGGUGCUCGAGAACGUGUCUUACCUGAAACAGGCCGGAGCAUCUCCCUCCUCGCUGCCCCCCCACGCCUCCGGCCACCCCAAACUGGACAAGGACCAGAGCGGGGCCCUGGGACCCCCUGCUGCUGCCGCCGCCGCCGCCGUGCUCUCCUCGUCCCCGCCCCUGCCGUCCACCCUGUACCGAACGCAGUCCCCCCACGGCUACCCGAAAAGCCACUCAGCCUCCCCGUCCCCUGUGAGCAUGGGGAGGUCCCUCACCCCCCUCAGCCUCAAGAGGCCUCCCCCCUACGACGCCCUGCAUUCCGGCAGCCUCUCCAGGAGCUCCCCAUCAGUGCCUCAUUCCACCACCCCCAGGCCCUUGUCGCAGGAUGGGAGCAAGAUGGUCCAUGCCUCGGUCAGCACCUAUGGGGCAGCUCCCGCCAGCGGCUCCCGGUCCAGGACGCCCACGAGUCCUUUGGAGGAACUCACCAGCCUCUUCACCUCCGGGCGAAGCCUGCUGAGGAAGUCGUCCAGCGGCCGCAAGUCGAAGGAACCCACAGAGAAAUCAACAGAGGAGCUCAAAGUGCGAAGCCACAGCACAGAGCCACUGCCAAAGCUGGACAGCAAAGAGAAAGGACACCAUGGGGCAUCUUCCAGAGAGCCUGUCAAAGCUCAGGAAUGGGAUGGAACACCAGGGCCACCUGUGGUCACCAGCAGACUGGGAAGAUGCUCUGUGAGCCCCACCUUGUUAGCAGGAAACCACAGCUCAGAGCCGAAAGUAAGCUGCAAACUAGGCCGAUCUGCGUCUACAUCAGGUGUGCCCCCUCCAUCAGUUACUCCUCUCAGGCAAGCCAGUGACCUGCAACAGAGCCAGGUACCAUCAUCGUUAGCCAAUCGUGAUUGA